CGCACACGCGGUGGUGCAGGCGGCUGUGGCGGUGUUUGUUUUGUCAGGCACCCAACAAAGUGCACGACGUUGAAUUUACGAGGGUUGAGAGAAUGGCGAUUGAAAAGGAGCAAGAGAUAGCGAGGAAGAGGAUGGGCGGUGUGUGGGGCCAUGCGAGGACGAGGGCCCGUGACAAGCUUUGCGAGGGGAUCGAUCAGGCUUGAUCCGGAUGGCCAGCCCGAUAGAGUUGGACUGGACAAACCCGGUGAGAUCUUUCUGGAGACUGCCUAAGUGGCGACUUGGCGAUUUGCCGGAGAUUGGCGACAUGCCAUUCUUGUUCAUCCCGAUCUUGCCUCUUGAUUCCUCCAUUACUGAUCUCCAUCUCCAACUCUAAUAUCCCCAGCCACAUCCACUCGAUUCUCUCACAUCACAGAAAUCCCCUUUGCUCUAAUCAAUCUCGCUCAGAUCCAGUUGGAGGGAUUUUUCCUAUUCUCUUCUCUCGAUUCCGCUCAGAUCUGAGCUCGCGUAGCACCUAGUAGUUGCUCUAAUUGGAUCUAAUUUUGUUUCUGGACUGGGUUGUCACCAUAGCCUCGCCUCCCCUGUCUGCCUAGUUCUUCGUAAGCGCGACACCUGCUCCCUUGUUCUUAGGAUCUCGUCUUCGCUACACCCAUCUGAGUGCCUGCAACUAAUUAGCUUCCUGACCCUCACUGCUAUAAAAGCACAGGCUGCUACCUUAUCUUUUUUUUUACUGCUGCACUCUGAUCCUUUCUGAAGUUUGUUAAGUGCGUGCUUGUGCCAGUGUAAUCUCAAUUUGCCUACAGAGGAGAUUAUGAAGCUUAUUGCCUGGAAUUGCCGAGGCAAAGGAAAUGGCCUAGGUAGUGAAAAGAUGACAUACCUGGCCAAUUUGAUGAGAUCAACGAGUGCUCAGGUAACUUUUGUGUCUGAGAUAAAAUCAUCUAAAAUUAACACUGUUGAUCUUAUCAACCGGUUUGACAUAGUAGACAGUAUAGUUGUGCCAUCUAAAGGAAGAUCCGGAGGUCUUUGGUUGAUGUGGACUGAUGAGGUUAAAGUUCAAGUUCAGUAUGUUGAUUUCCAUGUCAUCCUUGCAUCUGUUCUUAAUAUAGCCUCUAACAUAACUUUUGCGUUAGUUUGUAUUUAUGGUGAUCUGUAUCAUCGUGAAACUUGUCAGAUAUGGGACCGGAUUACCUCAUUUGUCAAUGAUAAUCAAGGCAAGCCUAUCUUAUGUAUGGGAGAUAUUAACGAUAUUCUCUAUGAUGCAGAUAAGAGUUCUCCCAAUGUUAAUAUAUAUCGUAUGCGUGCAUUCCGUGUGUUGGUUAAACAAUGUGGUUUCAUAGAUCUCGGGUAUAGUGGUCCAGCAUAUACAUGGACCAAUAGGCGCUACACUUCAAAGCCAACUCUUGAGCGCCUUGAUCGAUGCCUUGCUAAUGCAGAUUGGUGUAAUAUCUUCCCUAAUUCCAAUGUUUUUAAUCUGCCUAUAAUUUUUAGUGAUCAUGCUCCUAUUCUUUUAUCCACUGAUGGCCAAUAUCGGAAGCCUAAAAGGAACUUCAAGUUUGAAAAUUGGUGGCUUAUGGAAAAUGACUUCCAUGUUCAUGCUAAGAAUGUUUGGUCUAGCUCCAAAAAUAAGUUGUUCCACAAUAGGAUUACUAACCUUGCAGGGGCUUUAAGGAAGUGGUGCAGAAAGAAGAAACCGAUUCAACAAGAGCUGGAUUAUCUAGGCGAGCAAAUAAGAAAUAUACAAAUGCAGCCGAUUCAGACCUUACAUACAUUCUGGGCGACCAAGUAUCGAAGGAGAUUACACCUACAGUGUCCCUGACAAAAAGGAAAUUUGGGAAACACUUAGAGCAAUGAGAAGGAAUGCAUCCCCAGGACCAGAUGGUUUCAACGUAGCCUUCUACAUAGGAGCUUGGGACUGGAUUGGAGAUGACAUAGUCAAAGUGGUAAGAUAUUUCUAUGAAAAAGGUACACUUCCUGCCCAUCUAAAUGACACUCAAAUAACACUCAUUCCAAAGAAGCUGGUUUCUCUUGUUCCUGCUGAUUUUCGACCUAUUAGCUUGUGUAAUGUUAUUUACAAAAUCAUAGCAAAAACCCUAGACAAUAGACUCCCUCAUUUGACGGAUUAUAUUGACCAAUCUCAGCAAGCUUUCAUUGAAGGUAGAAGGAUUAGCAACAAUAUCAUCAUAGCUCAGGAAAUAACUCACUCUUCUGCUUUGAAAUCUUGGACAACCCCUGCUUUCAUGCUUAAAAUUGAUUUAGCCAAAGCUUUCGAUAGACUUGAAUGGAACUUCAUUAUGCAAGCUCUCUCACGAAAAAGGCUUCGUGGUCAUUUCAUCAAUUUGAUUUAUGCAUGCAUUACGGUUCCUUCUUUUUCUGUUACCAUUAAUGGCCAAUCUUAUGGUCGCUUCCAGAGUUGCAGGGGGGUUAGACAAGGAUGUCCUUUAUCUCCUUACUUGUUUGUUUUAGCAAUUAACGAGCUUUCUAUAUCCCUCCAAGAGGCUAUGUGCUCAAAUCAUUUGGCAGGUAUAUCUUUAGGCACUGGUUGUCCUCCCAUUCACUCACUCAUGUUUGCAGAUGAUUUAUUAAUUUGUGGUGCCUCAAUUACUGAAGCUACUCACAUGCUCCAUAUUCUUCAAAGAUUUUGCAACCUAUCAGGUCAAACUCCUAACUGGAAUAAAUUAGGUAUCAUUUUCAGCGCAAAUGUUAGUGCUUGCAUUAAGGAUGACAUCAAAAGAAUUUUUCCUGUUAUGGACAUCGUGCUAAUUCAGUUCACCUUGGGCACCCUUUAAUCCUACCAACCAAGGAUAGAUCUGCUGCUUAUAAUUUUGUGGUUGACAAAUUUCGUAAUAAACUUAGUGGUUACAAGGCCAAUAAACUCUUUCAUGCAGCCAGAUUAACGCUUAUUAAUUCUGUCUUUGCUUCCAUCCCCAUAUAUUACAUGUCUAACAUAUUAUUCUCUAGGAAUUUGAUUGCAAAGCUCACGGCCAUUAUUAGGAAUUUUUGGUGGACAGGAAUAGAAGAGGAACCGAGGUCUAGAGCACUUUGUCUUAGGGCAUGGAAGGACAUUUGUAUUCCGAAAAGUGAAGGAGGCCUAGGAAUAAGGAACAUCCAAGCUAUGAACAGAGGCCUUGUUCUUUCAGCGGCAUGGAGAAUUGCGGAAAACCCUGAUUGCUUUCUCUCAAGAGUUCUCAAAUCCAAAUACUUUCCUGACUCAUCAAUUUGGAGAGCUAGUUCAAAAGUUCCAAAAUCUGCCUUCUGGUCAUCCAUUUUAAAAAUACGCCACUUGCUUUACUCGAAUUCUUUUUAUCAACUUAUUGAAGGUGACUCUUCUAUAUGGAGCACUCCGUGGUGUCCUGUUUGGGAAUCCAUCUAUGACCACCUUAUAAUACAACCUGGUCACUUCAUUUAUCCUUCGCAAGUUAAGGAUCUAUAGCUGCCUAACCAAAAAGCUUGGAACACCAGCCUUAUUUGCACACUCUUUGAUGAGCAGGCAGCUAACAUCAUUAUGCAGGUUCCAAUAAUUCAAUCGGAAGGUACCGACAUCCUAUGUUGGAAGCUACAUAAUUCAGGAAAAUGUAAUUCCAAAUCAGCAUAUAGAGCUUGCCUACAGGAUAUGCAGGAACAUGGCGAGCCUUUACCUAGACAGGCAUCUACAUGUGUAAAGCAUAUUUUAAAACAAACUUGAAGAGCAAAAGAGAUGGUACCCAGAGUACAAACCUUCGCAUGGAGGCUACUUAGGAGGGCAAUUCCCACGGGUAUGAGGGCAGGUAGAUUUUCUUCUCAUAUUAUAAAACAGUAUGCUAGAUGUGAUCAAGAAGAAGAUGAUAUACACCUAUUCUUCACUUGUCCUUUUGCUAAAGCUGCUUGGUUCUCGGAACCUUGGAAUAUUAGGUCUGAAUUCUUCGUGCAAAACUUUGGUUCAAUACCUGCUAUUAUACAGGCCUUGUUAACUUCCAAUCACCCUCAUGCCUCUCUCAAUAACAUUAUAACCUUUCUUUGGUGUAUUUGGAAGUUCAGGAAUGAUAACCUUUUUGGCAGAAAAUCAAAUUCUCCUAUGCAGGUAUACCCAGCUAUGCAAGCAAUAAUAAAAAGCCAAGAAUUAGUAUCUUCUGCAAAUAUUGCAGGUUCACAAGCAGAAAUAAUACAGAAAAAGAUGGCAAGUUAUGCACACAAGCCAAAGCAAGGAUGUUCAUUAGAAACAGAUGCUUGGAUUACAGGUUGCAAGGUUUAUGUAGAUGCAGCAUGGAAGAAGAACACUACUGGCUCCAAGAACGACUCAAACAAAGCAGGAAUAGGAAUUGUCAUUCAGGCCAAUGAGAAUGAGCAAGGAACAGGUAUCUUAAUCUCUGCAGCUUGCGGAAGUGUUGAAUCUCCACUACAGGCAGAGGCUACAGCUCUACAGGUUGCCGCACAAAUUGCUUACCAUAUCACUAGCAGCGGAGUUACUUUCUUAGUGGACAAUCUGACACUAGCUCAGGCAGCGGCGUCAAGGAAUCUUCUUCAAGUCCCUGGGCACUGGCAAAUUAGAAGCCACCUAGCAAACUUUUUUGGUGCAACAGCGAACAUUCAAGCUCAGAUUUUUCAUAUUCCUAGGAAACUUAAUGUAAAAGCUCACAAUUGUGCAGCUUUUUCCUACAAAGAGGAUCAUUCCCUGAGCAAUAAAUUUGUUUGUUGUAAAGUAGAACAUGUAGGAGGUCACUGCCCUACGCUUGCAAAGCUAGGUAACUUAUGUAUUAAGGACUGCCAAAUCCUUGCUGGCGCCACCACUUGUCCAAAAAAAAAAGAUCAGGCUUGAUCCAAUUCCAACGUAGCGCAUGCGACCCGGCAGAGAAUGUGGCCGG